AUGCUGCAAUUUGAUUAAGAGAAACCAAUAGGAAAUUAAUAUAAAAUUACUAGUAAGCUUGGAAGUGGAUCAUUUGGUGAAGUGUUCAAAGGAGUAAACACUGAAACUAAUGAAGUAGUAGCUAUAAAAUUGGUAAAAUUUGAAUUUGAUUAAACCUUAAUUAGGAAAGUUAAGAAGCUUAGAUGCCAUAAAUAAAACAUGAAUUUUAAAUAUUAUCUGCAAUUUAAGGAAAUGGUAUAUUUAAUUUCUUUUCUUAAGGUAUUCCAAAAGUACACUGGUUUGGGUAAUGGGAAGAUAAAACUGUGAUGGUUAUGGAAUUAUUGGGCUAUAAUUUAGAAUAGCUAUUCAAUUUAGUGAACCGAAGAUUCGAAUUAAAGACUAUGUUAAUGCUUAUAGAUUAAAUGGUAUUCUAAUGAAAAAGAUCAAUUAGUUUUUAGAUAGAUAUUAUAUCUCUCCUCCAUUCAAGAGGAUAUUUAUAUCGCGAUGUAAAACCUGAAAACUUCUUGACGGNUAUUUAUCAUAUUUGUAAUUAAUUCUUCAAAGUUUUCUGA